AUGAAGUUCUCAGCCGUCCUCUCCCUGCCCAUCCUGCUCGCCGUCGGAGCUCUCGCCAGCUUCCGGGACAAAUGCACCUUAAGAGACUUCGAUCCCACCAGCGACGGGAACCCCACCCUGUACUACGAAUGCCCGCUCGCGAAUCCCACAGCGUGGCCGUACAAAUCCUGCUCCAAGAUUCACCUCAACGACUGCUUCGUCAACGUCGUGGGCAAACUCUGGGUUAGAAAGAAUGGCGCUUUUGGCAAGAGCUGCAAGGAUUGCUCCUACACCCACGACUCUGGUGAACUCAAGUGCUCCUGCGAGAACGGAGGCGGCGGUCACGGCGAUUUUUACGACGGUUACAAUAAGACCUCGAUCAACGUUGAUGAGGUUCUUCGGUUUGUGGACUCAAGCAAGGUUGGCUGUCACGGUAUCAUGCCGGGAAACAACUGCGGCCGGACCUAA